AUGGGCGCGGGACCCAGCUGCGACCACGAGGCCCCUGAUCAGUUGGAUAUUGAAGCGGUUGAUGCGGCCAACCCCAGAGUGGAAAUCCUUGAGAUGAACGAGGGCAUGCAGUGCAGCGGAGACACUGAUGCUGGAAAAUCCGAUGUCAACAAGGGGAUGAACGAUGACAGCCGUAGUCCACGUGACGAGUCCGAGCGCCAUCCUCGCGUGCGCAUCAGCAAGAUCCUGACUGUGACCAGCAAGGAGCUCAUGAAAGGUAUCUCAAUGAAGGGGACCCUGCAAUCUUGGGGGCGACUCUGGCGUCAAUCUCCGAUUGAUCUACCGGAGAAGGAGAGAGCUGCCCUGUGGACUCAUUCAAGACAGGUCGAUCACUUCGACAUGUUUCUGUCACACACGUGGGCUACCAGUGGGCGUUGGAAGUACUUGGCACUCAGUUUCCAGCAUGCUUGGCCCUACGUUGUCCUCACCUGGCUGCUCGCGAUGGUGGUGGUCGAGCUCUUGACUUGUUUGGACCUUGUACCGGCGAUCAGCCACGCAAGUUUCAGCUACCAGGGUUUCAUGGAAGAGUGUCCUUUCAGUGGUCUUGGCCUUCUCGUAGCUAUGCCAGUAUCUGUCCUGACGUUCUUCUUUGCUCCCUACUUUCCAGACAUCGGAUGCAAAAAGCAAUGUUGCUUCCUGGAUGUGGUCAGCAUCAACCAAGUUGACAAGGAGAUGAUGCGGCAGGGAAUAUAUGGGCUUGGUGGCUUCCUGGGCGCGUCCAAGGAGCUGAGGAUCCUGUAUUCCGCGCCCUACCUCACCAGGCUGUGGUGCGUGUUCGAGCUGGGUGCCUUUCGAAUGGCCAACCCGUCCGGCAGGAUCCGGUUCGCCCCUUUGUUCGUGGAGAUCGGUGCUGCGUCUGCCUGGCUUGGUGGUACAGUGGCUGUUGUCGUCUACUACCUGCUGAGCGCUGGCACAGGAUUGGAGGCUCUAGUUACUUUGGUCUUUGCCGCGAUCCCCGUCUUUGUGGUCUUCCACCUGCUCCGGACGAACCUGUCCCAGAAGCGCCAGGUCUUCUAUGAUUUGGCAACCUUUGAGCUCUCGGCCGCGGGAUGUCGGACGGCCGCCGACCAGGAGUUCAUCUACGCCGCAAUCGAGAGCUGGUACGGAAGCCUAGAUGCCUUCACUGCCUAUGUGCGCGGCCCCCUCCGUGACGAACUGCUGGCGAACCACGUGGGCACCAGCCUUCCGUGGAACUACGCUAUGAUGAUCGCGACCCCCUGGAUUACGCUAGGAAUGGACGCACUGGCAGCCCAAGUGAGAGCUGGGGCUCCUAUCCACAAUUUGGUGUCCUAUGGCUGUGGCGUGAGCCUUGGACUCUUUGGUUUCUGGUGGAUCGCAGUGGUGCAGUUUGCCAUGCUUCUGGCUGGACGAUUCCCCAUGCCCAGAAACAGCCUAUGGGGGCUGGCACAGUCUUUGGUGCUCUACUUGCUUUGCAUUGCAUUCAUCUUCUCUGGAGUCUACAUAGGGCGUUGGGCAUACAAGGAGAGUGUAACAGCAUCACUUGCGUGGUGUGCUGUAUCCGGCAUGCUCGCUUGGCUAACCAGCGGUGGGCUGAAGGCCUCCCAGUGUGCCCUACGCCACAGUUGA